UGUAUUCGAAGAGAGCUAGCUGCCGGUAGUAGAAGAGGAGUAGGAGGAGUCGAACGGAUCCAGAAGCGAAAUCGUGCUCGUGCCGCGCACAAUGCGUCUCCUCGACCGACCGGAAACGGAUAAUCUCGAUAUCGUUACGAACACGACGCGAACGAACAGAAGUUAAAUCUUCGAGACCGCCGAGUGUAUAGUUUUAUGGUGUUUUCGUGUGACUGACAGGUUCUUUGCUUCCUAUUUCAAAAGUGUACAACUUAUUUUAGCUUUCUCAUGCCUUAAGUAUUUUGAUCAAUUAUUAACUAAUUAGACGAUUAUAUUGUCUAUUACCUAUUACGUAUUACAAUCUUAAAGUUGGUCAUGGAUUUUAAAAGAAAAAUUGAUAUAUAAUCGAUGUAUAAUAACAUAAAUGAUAUUUGGAUCUAGAAGGAUCGGGUAUUCCACCGUUUUCAUUUAAAUUGACGGAAUCUAAUUCUUGAUCUUUAGAAUGAACGAGCUCUUCUAUUAAGUUCAAAUUUCAUGUAGCUGAUUUUUCAUUCAACCCUGGAUUUUUCCAAUCUGUAGGUUCUGUUCUUUUUCUCGGUCUACGGUAUCACGUUGUAACGACUAUCUGAAUAAAGAGUGUUCAAAAUUCCCCUAGAAAAUUCCAUUGAAUAGCGAAAACUAAACACAGACUCGAAGCAAGGAGCGGAAGCGACUUCUUCAAAGAUUCCUAUUCAAAAUUCUUUCUCGUUUAAUAACAAGGACAAGGUACAGACUGAAGAUACAGGCCGAAAAGAAGAAGCCAGAAUUUCUUCAAAUAUACCAGCGAAAAUUCUGCUCAAAUACAAAGACAAAAUACUGAAGAAACUGAAAGGAAGAAAGCACAAGAUAAGAAUGCCGGUAGAGUCGUCAAUAUAUUGGGAUUCGAUCGGUUCUCAGCGCUCUACUUCCGUUGGUAGCUCCGGGGAUGCAUACAGCUCUGGAAGUGCCAGCAGACACUAUGUCGACCCGUGGGAUUUGGAGAAUUAUGUGUACCUACGUCGACAUAGUGUCGCCAAUCUGGCGCAACAGAUGCCGCUACAUCAUCGUCGACCCACCUAUCGGUUAUCCCAAGAGGCAGCGCCUGCUCAAUCUGAAUACUGGUACUCGUCGUCGGUGAGAGAACCUGGCUACGACGCGCCUGCUUUCGUGGAAGAAUUGUAUUGUGGACCAGCCAGACUCACGAACAAUAGUUGCUACUAUCAUCAGCCAAUCUACGAGGACGAAGUACCGGAUUACGUCGCCCCUUUUCCGGUCUACGCGCCUCUCUCCGAAGCGAGACACGGUGAAUUCAUGGAAGACCAUAGGCGAUUUGGACACAAAUGCAAGUCUACGUCUAUGGGAGAGCUUCAUAGAUCCAUGAGCGUCGACGCUAACCUUCCGCCAAUGGAUUCUAUAGAAUUAGAUAUACCAGAUUAUCGUUCUCAGCAAGAAUACACAUCGAUGGAACAAGAGAAAUACAUGGUAGAAAUUAUUCCACCACCUCAUUUGGACCUAAACACAUAUGGACAUCUAAAAAUCGAUUACACGAACAGCUGGAAUUCUUUGAAUCGAAAAAUUCGAAAAUAAUUGCUGAUAAGAUUUUUCAUUUCAAAGAAAGCAUUAGAUUAUUCUUCGGAUAUACCAAUAUAUUGAUACUUAGAAAUAUCGCCAAUUAUUUAUGUAAUAUAACACAAGUAUGUACUAUUUAAGAAACUUAAAAUCGAACCAAAAAUUAUUCAUAGUUUAAUUUACUCGAGUAUACGAAAAUCAGAAGCUAACUUUUCAUUUAAUACAAAUACAGUAAAUUAAUGUAUUUUAUAUCAAUCGUAGUAUAGUUGUGUCUCGUAUGAAAAAUAAUAAAUGCUAAAUACCUAUUUUAAGGAA